AUGGGAAACACGGUAUCAAACUUCGUCCAAAACGCUAUCAACGCAGUCAGGAACACAGUAGAAGAAAUGUUCCAUCGCAUUGCACCACCUAUUGUGCGCUACGUGGCCAAGCACCCGCUGCGUACACUCGGUCAUAUCGGCAGCGCUAUGCUGCUACUCGUUCCUGGCGUCAUUACAACACCACUGUUGGCUAUUGUGGGCUUUUCGGCACAACAGAUGGGAGGUUAUGGUGCGGCCACGGUCGCUGCAGCCGCUGGAGGUACUGCUGUCGCUGCAGAGGCGUUGGGAGCUGCUGCACGCGCGAGGCGCAACUGA